AUCUUCCUAAGAUAAACGUCGUAAAGCGCCUUGUUGUAAAUUCAGGCAUCGCUGAGCGCGCCUUAAAAAACAAUGCCUUCCACUUCUUCAUCCCCCAAAAUUCCAAACGCGCCGUAACUGUUACCCAGCAGCGCCACCGCAAACCACCGUGCCUUCCGCCCCGAAGUAUCAAUCCAUCAACCGCCGACGAGCCAAAAGACUGCGCUUUUUGCAACGAGACGCUCCGAUUCUUUGCCACUAAGAAAUUGAGAAAUAAUUGGUAUUGAUAGAAAAAAUAGACAUCAAAAAGAAUAAAAGAAUGAGGUUGCAAGGGAGGAGAGCUGGCUGCCAGGGAUUUCACAUGUUCUCUCUCCUGGCAAUGAUAUCAACUUCUUGAAAACAUUUAGAGAGUUGCCCCUGGUUUUGUCCACAAACCUGUGUGUUUGCUGCAUACCCACUUGUUGCUUCUUUCACCAGAUGGUUAGUCACACUGCUUCCAAGCAAAGUUACCGAGAUAAACAGACAGCUACAUCCAGCAGGGAUCAAACAAGCGUUUCACAUGCUGGGAAUUAUUGUCACCAUCUUUGUGACAUAAGACAUUUCUUAAGAAGCAUCUCCCCCUCGGUGAAAGUCAAUUCCAGAGGAAGAACUGUUCUGAUGUUGACGAUUUCAAUUGACAAGGCUGUGCUGUUGAGAUUUUCCCAUGUCGAUUAUAGAAGUCAUCAAAAGUUUCACAGGAUCAAUGCCACUUGGUACGUGAAAAGGGAUUCAAAGUCCUCCCAUCCGAGGAAGAUGGAAGAGCUGUCAGUAGAGAUUCCAACACAAACUAUUCCUCACUGUGAACCAUCAAAACAUCCUGAUCUGCAAUUUGACCGGCUGCAACCAUCAGAUGAAGAUUUAGAUCAAGAGAAAAAGUUGGAAUUUGGACAAUUUGUUGCACGAGAGGCCGCACUGGAUGAAGAAUACUGGACAGCAGCAUGGUUACGUGCAGAAAGUCACUGGGAGGAGCGAAAAAAUGACCGAUUUGCUGAGAGUAACAAAAGGAAAUUUGCAGACCAGGAAUUUAAUGCUAUAAAAAGACGAACAAAGGGGCAGCAGAGGCAGACAUGCACAUGCAUUAUCACGGUGAAGAAGGACACAAAGAAUGUGAAACGUACUGUUGUAAAAAGUGUAGUUGGAACACUUGAUUUGAGCAUUCGGUACUUGUUGGAUGGAGAGACCUUUCCAGGGGAACGGGCAAACGCUCCUCUCUUUUGCAGUAUCAACAGGACACUGUCAAGUAAAUAUGGUUAUAUUUCAAACUUAUGUGUGGCCAAAGCAGCACGACGCCAGGGUAUUGCCAGCAAUAUGUUACAGUUUGCUAUUAGAUCCGCAAUGUUAAAUGCUGAUGUCGAACAGAUAUAUGUGCAUGUGCAUAAAAAGAACAAACCCGCGCAGGAACUGUACCAUAAGCUGGGCUUUGAGAUCAUCGAAAGGGCGAGCUCUCAAUUAUCUGAGGAGCAAACCUAUUUGCUUUGUUUCAAGGCCUAAAAGCUGAUUCAACAGAAAUUCAUGAAUUGUAUUUCAUUCUUUAGGAGAUUCAGAAGAAAAUUAUAGUAGAAGAAUACUCAUGUGUACAUGUAACAUGAAGUUGGGUCAAAAUCCGAAAAUUUUACUUCCCGUACAAAGUCAUGGUGUCAGAGUCCCUGCAAAGGUUCUUGGUAUAUAAUGUACUUCCUUGCUCAACAAACGUUGUCAAUGAAAAAUGAUAUUCAGUAGAGUUUA